UUGGAUAUCUACGUGUGCGUAGGUAUCAGCAUCAGCAUCACAAAAAAUUCGAGUUCGAGUUCGACAAUGGAGUUUGAAAAGCAGUCAGCUCAACCAGAUUCUGCAGUUGUGAAGGACCAUGAAACCGCCACCACAAACCAAGAAGAAGAAGGUGAUAUUUACAAGCUUCUACUCCCUGACUUUAGGGACCUUCCUCAUACUCCUCCAUCCGCUGUUCAAUCAAACUUUAUUUCCUAUUUCGCUCCAGAUUUUUUGAAGCCAGGACACGAUCAGUACGUUUAUCGUCACGCAAAUGGAUUGUGUGUGAUUGGUUUGGCUACGACGCAUGUGGCUUUUAAGGACGAAGGAGGUAUCACAGCCGUUGAUUUUAAUGUUGGGAAAUCUAAUCGAAGUGAGAUCAAAGUCACUGGAAAACGGAAGAAGAAUGCUCAACCUUUAGAGCCAAAUUCGGCUCUCUUUAAAGUUUUCACCAAGAACAACUCUUACAUUGUGAGGUGUUGCGUGAAAGGCUCAUUACUGGAAGUAAAUGACAAAUUAAUCAAGCAGCCACACUUGCUUAAUUCGUUGGCAGAUAGAGAGGGCUAUAUUGGCAUUAUCAUGCCAAGACCAGCAGAUUGGCUCAAGAUCAAGGAUUCUUUAAUGGGUUCCGAGGAGUAUAAAAAACUUAGAGAAAUUUGCUAGUCCAAAACGAGAAAUGCUAAUAAAGGGCAUCCGCUAAUAAUGUAGUUUAGUAUUGAGUUUCAUCAUAUAUUCUAAUUUAAAGAAAGUAGAAUAAGUAGAACCUCUUGGUCAAUUGCAUUUAAAAUAUGGUGAUGUAGUUGGCAUGGUGUCUUGUAGCAAUUCUCUUUAAGAAAAUCUAUAAGUGAAACUUUGCUCCCGCAUCCUAUUGGCUUAGAAAUUUAGUCAAACGAAAGCCAUAAGUAUAUAUUGUCAUUAUCCUUUUGUUAUGCUGUUGAUGUACUUUUUUCUAUACAUAUUCUAACAGAUGAAAGUAUUUUAUUUUAAUUGUUUAUGAAGAUAAGUAAUCAUUUUCUUUGUAUUAUUAAAGUUACAAAAUAAUGACUAAAUUUAUUAUAAUGUAACGCAAAGCAAAGGUCUAAUUGUCUAAAGGUGUGGCAUUGCACCAAUAAAAAUUUGUAAAUUAGGAGAAGGGUCAACUGUUGAGAUAGAGUAUCGAGAAAAUGUUGUAUAAAUAGUAGAUUGUAGUGAAAUAACUUCUAUCAUAUACUCAUGUCAUUAAAACAAUAAAAAAUAAGAAAUCAAUCGUAAGACUUAUUUGGACAGUUUUACCGUACAGGACAUGAAAUCAAAGAGGCCUAAUAAGUCCAUUCAUUCAGCUUGUCUCAUUCAUUAUUGACUAGCUAUAAUUUCUUGAAUUACUAGCCUUCUGGACCGGUUUAUGGUUAGUAAACAAAGGUAUAUGUGGUGUUCAAGCUCUUCUAGUUGCUCCAAAAAGCUAGAAUCCUGAGCUUGAAACUCCUUGACAACCUCCUUCAAAAGCUCAAACUUGUUACUCCUCACGCAUAUAUCAGCCACAGAUUUCUUGUGCUCCACCUCAUUUUGUAACCUUCUCACCAUCUGACUCAUCGUAUCAAAAUCAUUGAUCAAUAUAAAAACCCCUUUUGCAGCCACAUCAAGCUGCUCACCAACCCCACCUCC